AUGGAGAAUCAUCCUUUAACUACAGAAGAACCAUUAUCACACCCUGAAUUAUUACGUGAAAUUAAUAAAGUGGAUCCAAGGGAUAAAGAAGUACCUCCUGCAGUCAUUGUUCACUAUGAAAAUCCGAAUCAAAUUAUACCUCCAUUGACUCAACAAACCCUAUUGGAUCCAGACAGGAAUAAUGAUGAUGAUGAUGAAAUGAUGGAUGAUGAAUUGAUGCGCAUAACUGAAUCUAACCGUCAUAUUCCGUUUCUUGAAGAGAACAAAGAAACAAGCUUGCAUGGUUCAAAAUCCUUGCGAAGUCAAAAUGUCACAUUUCGACGCCAGUUGCUUGUCUUUGCCGAUCAUCCCAGUGUCACAAAAAAACCCGACCGUAUCAUUGUCCUGAAUCAUUAUGGUGCUGGACCCCAAGGUGUUUUGCCUCAAGAAUUAAAGCCUACACGUCGUUCUCGAUCUUAUCUUGUUGCUUGUGAUUUCAGUGAAGAAAGCUACCAUGCUAUUGAAUGGACCAUGGGAACCAUGAUGCGGGAUGGGGAUAAGCUGUAUGUGGCUGCUGCUGUGAACCGAGAAGAUAAUCCAGAGGCAGUGAAGGAAGCAGGCUUGUCUUUAUCAAAAGAAUUAAAAAAGGCAUCUGAUACUGUCACAGAAGAAGCUAAAAAAAUUCUUAAUCAAAUGUUACUAUUUGAUAUACAACUCAUCACUUUUGCUAUUUGUGGUAAAGUCAAGGAAGUCUUGUUUAAAUUGAUUGAAGAACUCUCUUUGACUAUGGUUGUCUGUGGUAGUCGUGGUAGAGGCACUGUAAAAGGGUAUUUAAUGGGAUCCAUUUCGACUUAUCUUGUACAUAAAUCACCUGUCCCAGUGACUGUAAUUCGACCUCAAAAGAAAAAGAAGGCACCUCAAAAGAAGACAGUGCGUGCUGCUCCUCUGAGUCAAAGUGUUGAAACAGGUCAAUUAGCAGUAGAUGAAUUAAGCAAGACAUCUCAAGCUAACUAA